AUGACGGGAUACACUGCUCGAUUGAUUGUCUUGGUGUUUUCUAACACCGGUUGCUGUACUAACGAAGAAGAUGACGUGAUUCGAGGCGAGUUUAAAGCCAUCAAAGCGGAGACCGCAUCUGAUGCUUGUAGUGAUUUCAUCCACGAUAUUCUGUGCCAGAGAUGCUCUCCUGUCACAUCUAGUCUCUUUAGCAAUGAUGAGAAAAGCCUAGUGCCCUUACCAGGUUUGUGUGCGAGUCAGUGCAACGAUUUCUACACAAAGUGUAAAGACGCAAUCCCACAUUUGACCAGUGACGAAGCUAUACUCGCUUCUUUGGAAACGGAGAAAUUGUUUUGUGAUGAAGUUCAACGCACUGGUACAGAAUACUGUUACCCAGAAAUGAUGGAUACCUUAGACACCAAGCCAGAACCGGUUAAAACUAACUUCGAUAACUGCCUUUGUUUGCAAGAAAAGGCGGCCGGACUGUUUAAUCCUGUUGUGCUAGUGUCGGCCUUUGAUGGAUCUGGUAGACUGUUCAUUGGUCAACAAACUGGCGUGGUCUUAGUAAUGGUCCCCGGACAAAGUGAACCCACAGUAUUUCUGGAUAUUCAAGAUCAGGUUAAGACUGGCACCCUACCGGGGGAUGAGCGGGGUUUUCUGAGUAUGGCAUUCCAUCCAGAGUAUGAAAGCAAUGGGAAGUUUUACAUUUAUUAUACAUCCGAUCCUGGAACGUUGGUCCUGCGCAUAAGUGAAAUGUUAGUUAGCGCUGAUCCGAACAAAGCAGAUCCAACUACAGAGAGACUUCUGUUACAAAUAGAUGAACCAGCUAAUAAUCACAACGGUGGCCAGCUGCUCUUUGGUCUCGACAAAUACUUAUAUGUAUUCAUCGGCGAUGGAGGUGGUUCUGGUGAUCCGGAUUACAAUGGUCAGAAUAAGGGAACAUUCCUGGCUACAGGCAUUCGUAUCGAUGUUGAUGUUAUCGGUCCUGAAAAGCCUUAUGGUAUUCCUCCCGAUAAUCCUUUCAUUGAUGACCCGGAAGCCUUGCCUGAACUAUACGCCUAUGGAUUACGCAAUCCUUGGAGAUGCUCAGUGGACAGAGGAGAUUUCUUCACAGGGCACGGAAAAGGGAGAAUUCUCUGUGCUGAUGUAGGUCAGCUUGCUUAUGAGGAAGUGGACAUUAUUCAGGCUGGUGGAAACUAUGGAUGGAAUGGCAAAGAGGGUUAUGCAUGUUAUGACCAGGCAGUAUGCGAUUCACUUGUUGAUGAUAUCUUGCCAAUAGAUGCGUAUGACAGGGCAAUCGGUAAAUGUGUCAUAGGUGGCUUCGUCUACCGAGGAUGUGAGCUCCACCCAGAUGCAGAUGGACUAUACCUAUUUGGCGAUUACAGCACAAGCGCUUUUUUUAAACUCAUUGAGAACAAGGAUACUGGUGAAUGGACACGUGAUUAUGUUUGUUUAGGAGAUGCUACGGUUUGUACUGGCGACUUGACAGGAGUAUUCCCAGAUAAGAUUUUAUCAUACGGAGAAGACGAAAACGGUGAGCUGUACAUGCUAGCUACAGACACUGCUCAGGUGACAAAUGAUGGAGGGAAAGUAUUUAAAUUGGUCGAUCCAUCUGGUAACCACUGCAGUGCAACAAGGAAAUCAGUUGGUCCAAAUCAUGUUUCAAGAACCAACGUGAAAACAGAUGCAGAUUCUGGUUCCGCAGUGAUGGGCAUCAGUGUCUGCCUCGUGAGCAUAGGUGUCUUGUUUAAUUUGCUCUAGAACCCUGAAUUCAUCGAUAUGAAUAUAUAAAUAAUAUUAUAAUUGAAAUGCACAAAAUAAUAAUUAUGUAUGUGAACAAUGUGAACCCAAGAUUAACAGUUUUUUAGCCAUCCUUUAAUGUA